AUGGCAGCCCGCUUGGUGCAGCGCUGCUGCUGGCGGCACUUCGGUGCCUUCGCCUCUGCUCCCUCGGCGAUCCCAGCGUCUCUGCUGGUGCCAGCGGGGAAGGUGACGAUGGCGAGAGCUCUGCCUCAAGCACCUUUUGCUUCAUUUCACACUUCGAUCCCUUCCGGUUGGGCUGAUGGAUUCUCGGUGAAAGAGCAGGUGGAAGACAGCAGAAAUCCAGAGCACAGAAUGAUCAGGGAACUGAUUGAAACAGCCACGGGUCCUCAGGAACUCCUCCAGUUGAGCGAACUCCAUGCUCUAAAUAGCAACCAAGCCUCGCUAAUAAUUACUCAACUUUCCCGGCUUGCAGCAGAAAAAAAACUGGAAACACAGAGCAUUCUGCAAGAUGAACGUUUCCAGCAGCUCAUCAGCAUCAUGGAUUCCCAGAUACCUCAGGUGUGGAAUAACACCUUGGUGAACCUCCUGAAGAGCCUCUACUCCCUGGGGGUGGACAUGAACAGGAGGGAGAUGCAGUCGGUGAAGCAGGAGGUGCUGUGGCGGCUGCGGCGCCUCUCCUUCGGGCAGCUGGCCUCCCUGGCCGAGUUCUUGGCGGUGAGGCAGCGGAAGGAGAGCAAACUGCUCAACGAAGUCAUCAAGAAGCUGGAGCUGCGUUGGACGGAGCUGGAGGGCACCCGAAGUGUGGUGACACUGAUGGCCAAAGUCGGGUACGUCUCCCCGGCUCUGAUGGACCGGCUGGAGGACAAGGCUCUGGAGCUUGCUGAGCAGUUCAACCCCGAUGACAUCCGGAAAAUAACGCUGGCUCUAGCCUACCAGAACCGGCGUUGCGUGCCUCUGCUCCGAGCCUUGUCCUACCACCUCAUCCAGAAGCACUCUGAGCUCAGCCUCAACAUCCUGAUGGAUCUCAUUUUUGCCUAUGGAAAACUGAAUUUCCACCAGCCCCAGGUCUUCCAGAAGAUAGCGACAGACCUGCACCCCCACGUUGCCACCAUGACGCCCGUUGAGGUGACGCGCUGCAUCAAAUCCUUCGCCCUCCUCAAGUGGCUCAGCCUGCCGCUCUUUGAGGCCAUCACGCAGUAUGCCCUGGACAACACCAAGCAGCUGUCGGUCACCAAUCUCUGUAGUAUCAUCCUCUCUUUUGCUCGCCUGAACUUCCAGCCCAGCACAAGCGAGGACUUCUUCAACAUGGUCCACGAGGAGCUCCAGGGCCAGCUGGACAGCCUGGAGCCGCAUCUGCUGACGGAUCUGGUGUGGUCACUCUGCGUGCUGCAGCAGGCCAAGGCGCCCUACCUGCAGCGAGUGCUGGCGCCCGACUUCCACGCGCAGAUCCGAGGCAAUCAGACCCUCAAAGCCCAGAAUUUAGCGCUGAAGCUCAUCCACAUCAAUGCUGCUGCCAAGCUGGAAACCCCCAAGUACCGGGGGCCAUUCCUGCCGACGGAGAUGCUGCGUGCCGCGGAGCUGGCGGGGAUGGCGGGCGAGAGGGUCCCCCUGCUGCAGAGCAGCCUGCAGGAGGCACUGAUGGGGGUGAUGGGGAGCCGGGAGAACGGGCGCUUCGAUGUACACACCAUCUACGGCUGGCAUAUCGAUGCUGAAAUGGUGCUGAACAACGAAAAUAAACCUCUCCCCUUGAAAGACUUCGCUGCACCCCAUCUGCUCCGCUCGGAAGGGACAAAGCCACUGCCGCCGGGUGCCAGGAGGGUCGCCUUUCUGCGGUGGGAGUUCCCCAGUUUCAGCAACAGAAGCAAAGACCUGCUGGGCCGCUACGUCAGUGGUGGAC